AUUAGUGAUCAUCUUACAUUCAGUGCUUACUAUGUAUGUUUAGGAAAAGUGAUCAAAAUGAAGAUGCAGCUCAUCCAAAUAGUUUUCUUUUUAUGCUGCUCUCCAGGUCUCAUGACAGAUAACAAGUGGUCAAUGACUGUACCUAAAGCUGUCGAUCAAGACUUUGGUGAAGAUGCCAUCAUCCCCUGCAGUUUUACAACUCCAUAUGAAAACUACAAGAAUGAUACAACAGCAAUUUGGAAAACCAAAUCACGAGUAAUUUUCCGCUGUGUGAGCAAAGGAAAUCUGUCAGAAAGUGGACAGAACUGCACUGAAUCUACUGGACGUUACUCAUUACAUGGUGACCCAAGAAGCAACAACAUCUCAUUGAGAAUUAAAAAUGUCCUGUUUAUGGAUGUAGAAACGUAUUUCUGUCGUGUUGAGUUGAGUAAGCCAAGAGAUGCCUACGAGACCACUACAGGAACCAUCUUAAACAUUCGAGCUGUGCCUCAAACACUGGAAAGUAUCUACAUACAAACACUUCCAUCAGGAGAGCAGGUUGUUGUGUGUGAUGUUAAAGGAACACCUCCUCCAACGGUGACAUGGAUCUGUCCAGAGAACAUUAAUGCCUCUUUGGUGUCUGUUCAAAGUAGUUUUGUUAGAGCAUCGUCCAGUAUUCCUGCAAAUCUGCCCAACACCAACUACACCUGCCAGAUACAUGGAAAGAAUAGAACACAGCAUCUCUCAAUUUACUACAGAGGAGCUCAAGAGCAACAGCAGCAGAUCCCUUUUCCAUUCUUCUUAGUUGUGACGAUACUUUCUGCAGUUUUCUUCAUUAUUUUUCUGGUCACUUUGGCCGUGUUGUACAAGAAAGGUGGAGAUCAUGAGAUGCCUUCAAGUUCAGGGAGAGCUCCAGGGUCAUCUGAGCCUGUGGACACUCCAAAACAAAAGGACAUAAGGAAAACCGAGUCUUUUGAAAUAGAUGAAGACAUUUAUGCAAAUGUUUAAGUCUUGAUGAUGGGUGGGAUCCAAAAACUCCAGUGCAGCACAUCGUCUUAUAAUACAUGAUUCAUCUUAGUUUUUUUUCCAGAUAUUGUUUUGUUUUUGUUUUUUUAACUAUUAUUUUAAAUGAUAUUUUAUUUUUGGGGGGAGUAAAAUAUUGACAAUAAAUUUUGGGCCAGCAAAUGUUACUGUUUCUUCUGUAAAAUGUAUGUAUGCAUGUAUUGUAUGUAAAGGCUUAAGCACCAUAUUUGUGGUUACCUGUGGAACUGAGUCAAAGGGCAUUCUGACUUCUGCCAAUUUAACCACAAACAUUCUUCAAAAUAUGAAAAGUAAAUAAGCUGACUGUGUAAUUUUGUGUUUUGAAUGAUCAUUGAAAUGAACUCAAAUCUCAUUGACAAGUUGUACUGCAUUUCUCUUGCUAAGUUUAAAACAUUUAUGCAAAUGUAUGAAUAUUUUUCAAGCACAUGUGUCUGUUUGGCUGUUGGUGAAGAAUUCUGCCUUUUAAAUCAGUCACACUUGGUUGCAUUUGACGGUAGAUAAGAAUUCAUCACUAGGUAGUGCCUGUAUUUGUUUAGACACUUAUGAGUCUAAUAUUUUUCUUUCUGUUUUGCUGUGACAACAUUACGGAUAUGUAAUAAGUCUUUUAUACUAUUGUCAUAUUUGUUUGCAUGUGUUCUUUUUCUAGUGAGUUUUCAUAAUAUGAUGAGUUAUUGAUUAUCAGUUUAAAUGUAAAUUACUUUUGCUAUAUAUUAUUCUGGUUACAUUACUGUGCUAUAGCCAAUUAUUUUACAACAAGCAAUAAGCACAGUCUUCUGAAAUGUUGCCCUUUAAUAAAAAUGCUAAAUUAAACAGUUCUACAAGUGUCAAGCCUCCCUUCUGCCAACUGGGUCGCCUAGUACUCCAGUUCCUAGAACUCCUUGCUGCAUCACAUGACUACGAACUUUCACAUGACUAAGGACUCUCACAGACCCACCUAUCAGCGCUCCUCUUCUCCAUUCUUCUGAUUUGCACUCAAACCUGUUCCAUGUCACCUUGUCACUUAGUUUAGUGUAUAAGCCCGAUCUUUAGGCUGGAACAAUGGUGAAGUAUCAUACCCAUGCAUACUGAGCAUUUCGCUUGUGUAUCUCUACACAUGUAUGACCCGUUUUCUGUUUACGACCCUUUUAUUCUGUUUUGGUGUUCUGGUUUUCGACUUUCUGCUUUGUAUUUAUGACUGUAAUUUUGGAAAACCCCUUUGCUAUUAAAGCUCUUAACUCAAGCCUCUGCUGCAAGCGACUGGUUCCGUCUGCCACCGUUACAAAAAUCUUCAUUAUUCUGUAUUAAUGCUCCAAGUUAUGAAACUGGUUUGAAAAAAUGUUACUUACUGUUCUUCAUUUUCUUGUUAAUCCUAUUAUUCUCACAUAUUUGUAACCUUUACAGCUUUCAAGCUAGAACAUUAAACUUUGGCUUUACUUGAA